AUGUCUGAUAAGCUAUCUGAUAUUGCCACAAUUGAUGUGAGUGAUACCUCCUCCGAUUUGUCGCAGUGGUUGGAGCCACAUUGGCUCUUGGCGCCCUUCAAACGGUUGAAAUGGGGAUUCUUGCCUGUGAGACGUAUUGUUGAGGAUGAGACUGAACUUGAAGGAGGGGUUAAUAUUGAAGCUAAAGAAGAGGAAUUACCGAUUGAAUACCGUGAUGAAAAAGACCGUAAGUGGUGGAGGUUCUUUGAUGAUUAUGAAUACAGGCAAAACAAAUAUAAACGAUCAAAGCACAAAUGGUAUAAGUGGUUUAACCCAUCUGAUACCCCAGAAGAAAGGAGAGUCGUGAUUAAAGUUGAUAUUCUCCUAACUCUUUAUGCUACCAUGGCAUAUUGGAUUAAAUUCUUGGACCAGACAAAUAUCAACAAUGCCUAUGUCGGAGGACUGAGAGAAGGAAUUGGAAUGAAAGGAAAUGACCUAGUGAAUACUCAGGUCAUGUUCACAAUUGGCAAUAUUGUGUUCCAAAUACCAUUCAUGUAUGUGCUAAACGGAUUUCCAUUGAGUUACGCAAUGCCAUUGUUAGAUAUAGGGUGGUCGAUUUUCACAUUAGGAAGUUACCGGGUAGAAAAUGUCACUCAAUUGAAGAUCAUGCGCUUUUUUAUAGGCGCCUUCGAAGCUCCAGCAUUUAUAGGGUUCACCUAUUUAAUGGGGUCCUGGUACACAGUGGAUGAAGUCGCUAGGCGGCAGACUGUUAUGUAUCUUGGUCAAUUCCUGGGAUUGUUAACUUCAGGCCUUUUAUCGGGUGCCAUUGUGGAAGGAAUGGACGGAAAAAGUGGAUUGAACUCUUGGCGAUGGAUCUUCAUCGUCGAUGGUCUUAUAUCCCUAGCAGUAGGCGUAAUUGGAUUUUACAUGAUUCCUGGAACCCCUGAUAAUUGCUACUCAAUUUUCCUAUCCGAUGAAGACAUACAAAUUGCCCGGAGAAGAAUGAAGAGAAAUACUACCGGCCCAACUGCCCCUGUUGAUCACAAAACGCUGCUUAGGUCAUUAUUCAAAUGGAGUCUUUGGAAGCGUAUCCUGUCGUCGUGGCAUAUCUACGUCCUGACCAUAUGGGAUGCUUUCAUGUGGAACAACAAUAAUGGUAAUUCAGGGACUUAUGUUUUGUGGCUCGAUUCCUUGAAGAACUCAGAUGGAAGUCGUCGAUACAGCCCUGGCAAGAAGCAACAGAUGUCAGCUUUAACUCCUGCAUUAGGUUUAAUAUGGGUUUUAUUGACAGGUUGUUUUGCCGACUUGCUGCACUCUAGAUGGGGAGCCAUUGUGUUCUCCCAAGUCUUUAACAUCACCGGUAACACCAUCCUAGCUGUUUGGCAUGUGAACGAACGUGCUAAAUGGUUUGCGUUCUGUAUGCAGUAUUUUGGUUGGGCUAUGGCACCUGUUUUAUACUCAUGGGUUAACGAUAUCUGUCGAAGAGACCCUCAACAACGCGCUAUUACUUUGGUAGCCAUGAAUGCAAUUGCUCAAAUAACAACAAUUUUCAUUCCGCUUCUCGUUUGGAAAACGGUCGAAGCUCCACGAUUCCUCAAAGGUUUUAGUUUUACAGCAGCAUCAGCUACCAGCUUGGCAUUGAUGUCCUUCGUAGUCCUAUACUUCUACAAGAGGGAUGAGAAGAGACAAAGUGCUGACAAUGGAAUCAUUAUCUACAACUCAGAUGUUGACGGGGAUAUAGCAGCACAGUUCGAACAGAAAAAUGAUUCUUGCAAAAGUUCAGAGCUUGCAUUAGCCUUGAGAAAUCACCCAAGUGAUCACAUUCUCCGCUAG